AAAAAGAACACAACACAGAAAUAUUUAUUUUAAGAAAUGGGUAUUAAUUAACUCUAAAUAGUUCUAGCAAAUGAAUCAAGAACUCUAAAAUAGGAGCACUUACAUAUAAAUGAACAUUCAAAAUUCCAUUGUCUUAUUUUCAAUUUGUUUAAUUCCAAAUUGUAAAGAGGCUGCAAUUUGAAGCAAAACAAUGGCGAAGCGGUUAUCGUCGCCGUCGCUUAUGACUCGGGCUGUUAACUCAGUAUUCACUUUCGUCCGAUUCGCUGAGUUUGAGAUUCUCUUUGUCCUCUUUUUCCUUAUAGCAUAUCUAAUCUUCAAAGAUCUGACAUCAAGACCUGAGUAUAAUCAGAUAUUGCUGAAGAAAUCGGGUGGACCUGAUUGGUUGCCUUAAAUUAUUUGAUAUUCUUGUGUAUUUUCAUGUAAUAUAGCAAAAUAUGAUUUUCUUCUUAGCUUAGCAAAUGUUUAACACUUAGUUGUGAAUUGUGAUAAUGAAAUUUCUGGUUUCCUAUAUGGGAUGUACUAACUGAUAUUCUCUCGAUAUGGUUCAUUUUUCACUUCCCCA